CAGAUCCUUGGUGUCGCCUGCGACAGUGCGUCUGCCAAUUUGGCGAUGCUCAAGAUAAUGGAGAGGGACCUUCAAAAGUUCCGUGCUUCUUCCGGACAUGUUGCCUGCUUCGGACAUGUCAUCCAGCUCGUCGGCACAGGCUUGCUGAAGCAGUUCGACCCGGACAAGAAGAAGCCAGGUGAUGUCGUUGCAGAGGGUGAUAAUGAG